GCUACGGACCGGGACAGCGAUGACUCCAGACUCACCUACAUGCUGGCUCGGAGUCCAGGCCGAGGGGAGCUGCAGAGAGCCGGACUUCCUGUGGAUAAGUUCUCCCAGCAGGACCUGCUGCAGGGUCACAUCUACUACGUCCACACAGGAGGAGAGAUCGGACCCGAGCCGGUCUUCGACACCGUCACCCUCAUCAUCUCUGACGGCGAGGCCGGACUGACGGACAGCUGUUGCCACGGAGACGCCCCGCCGCCGCCCGUCCCCUUGCACGGCACGCUUCCUGUUUACGACCUCAACAUCACCGUACUUCCUGUCAACAACAAAGUCCCCGCCGUCACUCUGG